AUGGCAACUCGAUGUAUCACCAGAAGCUGCUCACAGCUGAGUGCUUCGACCUCUUCGUCCGCUGCCCGAGCAUUUCUCCAGCUCACUCCCCUAAGAUACAUACAUAGCACCCCGCUUCCAGUCCUCGAUUUCCUCGUACCCAGUAUUCCCUCGUCUAUUAUACACAAUGCCUGGGUUGCCAGACCUAGGUCUCGAACUAUCCAAGCGGGAAAAAGGACCUUCAUAUCCUCUUCGAGACGUCAACAAAUAUCUGCCAUCUUCAACCCCCGCCAGGAUGAAGAUGGCAAUGACAUGAGUGUUGAAAUUACACCUCGAGCUUCGAACCGUCUUAAAGAAAUCAUGUCUCAAGAUUCGAACCCCAACCUCGCCCUUCGAAUCCAGGUCGAAAGUGGUGGCUGCCAUGGCUUCCAAUACUUAAUGUCACUCACAACCCUCCCGCCCGUAGAAUCAUUCUUCUCGAGCUCGACUCAAGAAGUGUCAUCACCAGCAUUCGACACAUCGUCCGGUGACCCAAAUGAUACGCCAUCAACAUCAGAGGAUGGAACGAAGCCAGCCGAUGCGAAAGUUGGAAAGUUGGAUGAGGAUGAUACAGUAUUUGCAGCCGAUGAUGGAUCGGGGGCUAAGGUUGUGAUGGAUGGGCCCAGUCUAGAGCUUUUGAAGGGAAGCAAGAUUGAUUUUACGAUGGAGCUGAUUGGGAGCCAGUUCAAGAUUGUGGAUAAUCCGCUAGCAACGAGUAGCUGUGGGUGUGGGACGAGCUUUGAUAUCAAAGCUUGA